AUGUGGUGUGGAGGUUCCUGUGAACUUGUCAACCACGUGGAUGAAAUUGUUUUAGAACAAGCACUUUUAGCUCCUGUUAUCGCUGUAGCAUCACCUUCUGCGAUUCGUGCAUGGAUUAGCUUAAUACCAGAACCACAACGGUGGGAUAAUGCUGUUGCAUGUAUAGGGGAGACAACUGCUUUAGCUGCUAAAAAACUGGGAUUAAGGAAUGUGUAUUUUCCAGAAAAUCCAGGCAUUGAAGGGUAUGUAUUUUCUCUUGAAGAGCUAUGUCUUCUAAACUCUCUCAAAUCUUAUGUCUGCUUCAGUAUGCAUUUCCCAAACUGA